AUGUCAUUUGUUGUUCGUCCAAAGAAAAAUAUUAUCGAUCUUCGGCCUAUACCAAUACAAGGACCGAAAAACUAUAGUUAUCGUUGGAAAAUGAUGGCCUUAUUAGAAUUAAAUAAAAAUGGCCAGUAUAUGUUACCAUUCUCCCGAAGAUUAGUUGAUAUUGGUCUUCCAUUAUGGCCGAGAAGUAAUAUAACAAAGGCACCAUUAGGCUAUGAAGAAUGUGGCUGUAUUGGUUGUGAGACGAAAACGUAUAGAGAUCACAUUCUCAAGGACAACGAUAAUGAAUCAGAAUAUGGUGAUUUACAUUUGGAAGAAGUUUCUGUUCAAAUUAAAGAUGAAAAUCUCGGUCAUGAUGACGAGAUAAAAUCAUCGGGUAAUAGUGUCCAGAAUGGUGAAUCUGAAUCCUUAUCAUCGACAUCAUUUGAUAGUUUUAGCAUAAGUGAUGAUGAUGAGGAUAAUGAUGAUAAUAAUGAAGAAGAUGAAGGCGUUUCUAUAUCAAUGUCACCAUCUCUUUCAUAUUCCCCGUUUCUUGUUGAUCCUUAUGAAUCCUAUGAUUGGGAAUGUUGA